GUUACAGACGCAGAUUUGCACCAGCGCGAUUGUCGUUUAUGUCUGGUGUAUGCCUCCUCCGGCACCUAUAUCGAACAGAGAUGUUGGAAUAGUGAAUUAUCUGGUUUUAAUUAAAUACAAUUAAACCCAAAUAGAGUUAGACGGUGAAGUAGUUGGUAAACUGUAGACUCUAGAAGUCUAUUAAUCUUGUCAAAUAUUGUGUUAUACACACUUGUAAUAACGUCAUGGAUCGAAGAAAAAUGUCAACGUCUGGGGAUUCUCUCUAUCAAACAUUGGAAAUCACUAAAACCGCAACACCUGAAGAAAUAAAAAAAACUUAUAGAAAAUUAGCGUUAAAAUAUCACCCUGAUAAGAAUCCAAAUAAUCCAGAAGCUGCUGAAAAGUUUAAGGAAAUAAAUCGGGCGCAUGCUAUACUGACUGAUUUGACAAAGCGCAACAUUUACGACAACUAUGGGUCUCUCGGUCUAUAUGUGUCUGAGCAAUUUGGUGAGGAGAAUGUCAAUGCGUACUUUGUUGUUACAUCUGGAUGGUGCAAGGCUCUAUUUGUCGUUUGUGCAUUCCUGACUGGAUGUUACUGUUGCUGCUGCUUAUGCUGUUGCUGCAAUUUCUGCUGCGGAAAAUGUAAACCCACUCCACCAGAAGAUACUGGAGUUUAUCACAACUUACACCAGGGCCAGAAUCAGCGAGAAAGGCCGGGUGAUGGUUUCGGAAAGGAUGACGGAAGUGAAGAUGACACUGUAACAAAUCAACCAACAAGUGGAGCUGCACAAGGCGCCUCUACCAACACGGUCUUCGCAAUGCCACCACCACCUGCGUCAACGGCUAAUGAAAGUACGAACUUGAACAGCGGUGGUCAGGGUGUUAUAUAUACCACCAUCACUAAUCCUUUUGCAGCGGGAGCUGCUGCAGAGGCUGCAGCCCAAGGAGGAACCAAAUGGUAGUUAUCACCAGCCACUGGAAUUUCGUAUUAGUUAAUCGCUAAUGUUAUAAUUGCUGGAUACGUUAAUCGUCAGCAAUGGAAAAAUGUUAUUUUUAGGGAAAUACACGAAUUCUAUAUUAUAUUGAUAUGUCAAUACAGUACAUCAAAUAGCUACUGAGAAAUUUGUUACUGGAAGUAAAAAAUCGAGUUUACUCAUCACUGAGAACAUUGAAAUCCCUGUACAGAAAGUUCGUUAGGUCAGUUGCUUAAUUAAUACAAAUUUCCAAUGAAAAAUAAUGACCUGUGUAUAGAUACAAGCUGAACCAUUUGUAUAUGACUUUAUUUUUGUGCUGAAUACUCAAAUACGAGAAAUUAAAUUAUACAAUUCAAAUUGUAUGAACAGAGGAUAAAUGAAUGAAAAGUUGACAUUUUUUUUUAACAAGAAAUGUUUGUAGGAUUAAAUCAUUUAUUAUUCAGCAACUUUUAACAUAUUGUACUGUUUUCCGUAUAUUUUUAAAAUGAACAUCUGUGUGCAUGCAGGCAAUACAUAAUUCACAAACAAGAAUUCAUUGAUAGUUUUCGGAAUGAAAUGCAUGCUCAUAAGCGCAUUGAGAAUCCAUUAGAUAAACCAAGGUUUUUCUAUACUCUUCGGACAUCAAUAGUGAAAAUAAAUGCCUAAGGUGCCAUUCGAUAUGUUCAUUCAAUUAACAUUUUUUUAAUUAGAAAUUAUAUUUUCUAAGCGGAAACAUUGGUCUCAUCAUUGAUAACCACAGCAGUUUUUUGUCUGUAUCAUAUAACACUGAACAGGACACUGACAAUUAGACGACACAUUGUCGACGACAUACUGUUCUCUUCAAACAUUUUCAUAUUCAUUCCUGUGGAUCUAAAUCUAAUACUAAGAAGUUUCGACAUUGUGGACCCUGAUCCGUAACAUGAUUGAUGAUUCUAAGAGUUGCAACGGAAUGCUUAUUAAAUUGCGCUUCUUACAUUGAAUAUAAUAAAUCGUUCCAUUGUUUACUUGAUAUUUAUUACUAACUGACUUAUGUCAAUAUUCCAUCUAAUUUGUCUAUUAGAAGAAUUUUUAGUACACACGAUAGACAAUGAGGAGAAAAAGGCUCGAUCAAGUACUCACGUGAUUGCUCGUCAUUUUAUGUUUUUUGUUUCACAUCCAAGUUCCAAAUGUCUCCAGCUAAUAGCGUUAUGGAUUGCUGAAGUAUUUUACAAAGUGUAGUACACUUGAAUAUAAUUUUCGUAUUCUCUUGUUACUCUAGAGCGUAAAAUCAUUCAUUCAUUUUCUGCGCAACCAAUUGUAUACUUAAAUUAUUAAGUGCGUGCAGGAUUGAUUCAAGUGGAUAAUCGAUUGUGAAGAGGAUUUUCGAAAAACAAAUCAACAUUUAAUGUCACGAAUUGACAAUUUUGUGAAAAUAUUAUUCUAGAACCAGGUAGCUUGCUAACGAGAAGGAAUCAGUUGCAAAUUCCAAUUAAGGACUCAGUACAGGGAUAAUUAUGUCGAUAGAGAAAGAACCAUAAACAGCAUUAAGUGUACAAUGCAGGCAUUUUGUCAACUAUCUCCUUGUGAAAUUUAUUGUUUUCACAAUCUAUGUUCAAAGAGUCCGUCAAUCUUUAUAACAGUAAGUGAGGAUUAGCAGCUGUCAACAUGAUUGGUCAGAAUUACAAACAUUAAAACCUUCUCCACAUUUUGAAUGUGUAUAGAAUAUUACUCUAUAUCAUUCUAUUGUUUUCGAGACAACUGUAAAUGAGAAAGGUAGGCUAUUUAAUAAAUGUUUUUCGCUAUUUAAA